AUAUUUCAUUCCAUUAAGCUGUGAUCUUUAAACUCGAUCGGCGCCUCUUGGUCUGAGUCUGAGGGCACAAACAGAGAUCGUCUUCUAAACACAUUUUAAGAGGAUGUGGAAGUUGAAGAUAGCCGAAGGAGGUCCAGGAUUGGUGAGCCUCAACAAUUUCGUUGGACGACAACAUUGGGAAUUCGACCCUGAUGCCGGCACACCUGAAGAACGUGCUGAAGUUGAAAGGGUCCGAGAGGAGUUUAAGAGGAAUCGGCUUCGGACGAAGCAAAGUGCUGAUCUUUUGAUGAGGAUGCAGCUUAGGAAAGAGAACCCAUUAAGUGGGCCAAUUCCACCACCAGUCCAAGUGGAAGAAACUGAGGUGAUUACAAAGGAAGCAGUCAUCACAACAUUAAGAAGAGCCCUAACCUUCUAUUCAUCUAUUCAAGCCCACGAUGGCCAUUGGCCUGCUGAAUCUGCUGGCCCCUUGUUUUUCCUCCAACCCUUUGUAAUGGCAUUAUACAUUACUGGAGCUCUGAAUGCCAUUUUUUCACCAGCACACCAGAAAGAAAUUAUUCGAUACUUAUAUAAUCAUCAGAAUGAAGAUGGAGGUUGGGGCUUCCACAUUGAGGGUCAUAGCACAAUGUUUGGUUCAGCUUUAAGCUAUAUUGCCUUGAGGAUACUUGGAGAGGGACCUGAACAUGGUGAAGAUAAGGCUAUGGCCAGAGGACGGAAAUGGAUCCUUGAUCAUGGUGGUUUAGUGGCAAUUCCAUCUUGGGGAAAGUUUUGGGUCACGGUACUGGGAUUAUAUGAGUGGUCUGGCUGCAAUCCAUUGCCUCCAGAGUUUUGGCUUCUUCCACAAAUCUCCCCAAUUCAUCCAGGCAAAAUGUUGUGCUAUUGCCGCUUGGUUUAUAUGCCAAUGUCUUAUUUAUAUGGGAAAAGGUUUGUUGGUCCAAUCACUGAGUUGAUUCAAUCACUAAGGCAAGAGUUGUACAACAAGCCCUACCAUCAAAUUAAUUGGAACAAAGCCCGGAAUACUGUUGCAAAUGAGGAUCUCUAUUAUCCACAUCCUCUUAUACAAGAUCUGCUAUGGGGAUUUCUUCACCACGCAGUAGAACCUCUUCUGACCCGCUGGCCCUUUUCAUUGUUGAGAGACAAGGCACUUAAAGCUGCAAUUGAUCAUGUUCAUUAUGAGGACGAGAACACCAAAUACAUUUGCAUUGGAAGCGUGGAGAAGGUGCUAUGUUUGAUUGCCUGUUGGGCCCAAGAUCCGAAUGGGGAAGCAUACAAGCUUCAUCUAGCUAGAAUUCCUGACAACUAUUGGGUUGCUGAAGAUGGGUUAAAAAUUCAGAGUUUCGGUAGUCAAAUGUGGGAUGCGGGUUUCGCAAUCCAAGCGAUUCUCUCAUGUAAUUUGAAUGAAGAGUACGGACCAACAUUGCGUAAAUCACAUGACUUUGUCAAAGCUUCACAGGUUCAAGAAAACCCUUCUGGUGACUUCAAAGCUAUGUACCGACACAUAAGUAAAGGAGCAUGGACAUUCUCAACACAAGAUCAUGGUUGGCAAGUCUCUGACUGCACAGCAGAAGGGUUGAAGGUUGCUCUGUUGUUCUCACAAAUGUCACCGGACUUAGUUGGGGAAAAGAUAGAGACAGGGCGAUUUUAUGAUGCUGUUAAUGUCAUUCUCUCUCUACAAAGUAGAAAUGGUGGUUUCCCAGCUUGGGAGCCUCAAAGAGCAUUUGGUUGGUUGGAGAAGUUCAACCCCACAGAGUUUUUUGAAGAUACUCUUAUCGAGCGAGAGUAUGUUGAGUGCACUUCAUCAGCAAUUCAAGGGUUGGUGCUCUUUCAGAAAUUCUAUCCCAAACACCGUAGAAUAGAGAUAGACAAUACCAUUUUUAGGGCAAUUCAAUACAUUGAAGAUGUACAAGAACCUGAUGGAUCAUGGUAUGGACAUUGGGGGAUUUGCUACACAUAUGGUACAUGGUUUGCUGUAGGGGGACUGGCAGCCUUUGGCAAAAACUAUAAAAAUUGUCAUGCAUUGCGCAAAGCUUGUGAAUUUUUACUAUCAAAGCAGCUACCCAAUGGUGGAUGGGGAGAGAGUUACCUUUCAAGCCAAAAUAAGGUGUGGACAAAUAUUGAAGGAAAUCGUGCAAAUUUGGUCCAAACUGCAUGGGUUGUGUUAUCCCUCAUUGAAGCUGGGCAGGCCGAGAUAGACCCAACGCCAAUCCAUCGUGGGGUAAGGUUGUUGAUCAAUUCACAAAUGGAAGAUGGUGACUUCCCUCAACAGGAAAUUACCGGAGUAUUUAUGAGGAACUGUACAUUAAACUACUCAUCAUACAGAAACAUAUUUCCCAUAUGGGCUCUUGGAGAAUAUCGGAAGCGAGUUCUGUUUGCAUAAUAUCCAAAUGCUUAUGCAAGCAAAAGAUAACAUGUUAAAGUAAUUUUCUAGUCCAAAUAAGCUUGAGAAAUUAAUAGAAUAGUAUGUUCAACAAUGUAUAGAUUCAUCGAUCAAUCAUUCUUGUGCCUGAAAAAGGGUAUACGCAAUUCUUAGGCACUUUGCAAGAUGUAAUACCUGUGUGUAAUGGUGUAGUUUCUUAGUGUAAGCAUAAUAUAUAUGGAAUGAUUUUCAAUGUAUACUUCCUUUGUGAGAAACAUGACUAUAUAUCACCAAUU